GCGGAAAGCGAGAAUAAGAAGAAGCAGUUUCGUCGGGGUUACAAGAGGCACGUAGAGUGUGUGUCGUGGCAGCGCAUGUCUGCGGGUGUAGCCUCGUGCACGCUGGCUCUCCCAGUGGUCUCGUCGUCGUCGGUGUCCGUCCCUUCGGGCUUCUCGCUGUUGGCCAACUUGAGCCAACAGGAGCAGGAAGUCGCGGCCGCGGCCGCCCUCGCCCGAUCGGCGGCUGCAGACCUCCAUGGCCUGCUACCGGAACUCAAUGGUGCUGACCUGGCAAUGUCACUGAGUCCCAAACACCAUCAGCCUCACACCACACCCUUCUCCGUCACGGACAUCCUCAGCCCGAUCGAGGAAUCGUAUCGCAAACUCGAGCUCUCCGGGUCUGGGGCUCCCCCGUCACCGUAUCGCAGUAGCACGGGCGGCAGCAGCGCUGGUAGUAGCAGCGGUGGAGUAGGUGCCAUAGGUGUAGUGACUAACGUUCCAUCGGCACCUAGCCCCAGUGGAGGUGCCGCGGCGACCGCCGUCAUGGCGGCCAACCCCUACAUGCACGUGGGACAACUCUCGCACCACCAGUUUCCCGCUCAGUAUUGCAACGGCUCCGACAUCUCCACGCACUACGGCGACAUGCGAAACUCCGGCUGGUACGGGGCUACGGCUAACGACCCUAGAUUCGCAAUUUCCCGCCUCAUGGGAUCAUCCGCUACUGCAGGGAUGAACAUGAACAUGGGAAAUAUGUCGGGUCUGUCCACGUGCAGCGUGACGGGAGACGCCAAACCCAUGCAGUUCCCUCUGGCUCAGCGCCGGAAGCGACGCGUCCUCUUCACGCAAGCUCAGGUUUACGAGUUGGAGCGACGGUUCAAACAACAGAAGUACCUGUCUGCCCCUGAGAGGGAGCACCUCGCGAGCCUCAUCCACCUGACGCCGACGCAGGUGAAAAUAUGGUUCCAGAACCAUCGGUACAAAUGCAAGCGACAGGCCAAGGAAAAGGCAAUGGCUGAACAAAACGCUCACAACCAGGCGCAGAGUUCGCCACGAAGAGUAGCAGUACCGGUUCUCGUCAAGGAUGGUAAACCGUGUUCGGGAACCGGAGACGGGUCAGUUGGAGGCGGGCGUGGAGGAAUCGGCAAUGGCCCGUCACCGCAGACAGCCGGCGCGGGGGUUACACACUGUUCCCACAGCCCGGCGGGUCACCAGCAGCACCAACAACAGCACCAACAGCAACAAUCAGCGUGCAGCAGUACGGCCAGUAUUCUUAGCAACAUGGCGUACCAGCGCCAGAACCUCGCGGCCAUGGGUAUGCAGCAUCAGCAUCAACAAACAGCCAACAUGUGCUCCUCCUAUCUCCCGCUACAAGGCCGGGCCUGGUAAUGAACUUCGGCGUCCGAACUGUAAUUAACAAGAGAAAAGCGGCCGAAAACACUGUGACAUAACUAUAUCGACCUAUCGAGGUGUAUAUUGUCGAUUGUGAACGAGGUAUCGAACUUCAUGAUGCAAUCGAGACACUUCCAUACCCUACAGUAAUCGUGUCUGUAAUGAAUAUCAGCAGCAAAUCGACAGGCCUAAAACUUUCCUGUUUCGAAUCGAUCUAUCGAAUUGUAGAUAGUCGAAUGUGAUCAACAUUUCAGUGAGGUGGCUGAUAUAUAUAUAUUUGCAUAGGUUUAUCCUGUCGUAAUGGUGCCUCUAAUAAACACCAGAUAUCGGUAAUACUCUCCAGUUAUGGAUCGAUCUAUCGAGUUUUAUCUAGACGAUUGUAGUCAAGAUAUGGAACUUCAAUGAGGAGACCGCUGUCUGCGUAUUAUCUGGUAAUAGUGUCCCUAAUAAAUGUAAUAUAGCUCACCGAUAACGAUUUUCGUUAGUCGAUCGAUCUAUCGAAUUGUAGCAAAUCGACUCUGGUAAAAAUACGGAAAUUAAUGAAGCGGUCGAGAUAUAUUUCAAUGUCCUAUGGUAAUGAUUAGUUACCCCUCAUAAAUAUCCUACCAUAAAGUCGGUAGAACAAUUUACAGCACCGACAUAUUUAUCGAAUUAUGGACAGUCGACUAACAAUAAAAAUAUCGAAAGACAUCUCCUGUGUUAAGAUACUAAUCUGUCAGCACUGAGCCAACUAAAUAUACUGUUAUGGUAUUAAUAACGUUGAGUCGAAUUCUAGUUAGUUGACUAUCUCGGUGAUAACAGUUUACAAUGGGUCAUGUCACGAUGGCUAAGAUCUACUUAUCUAACAAUAAGGGUAAGUCGACACAACACAAUGUAAACCAUUGAAUUGGUUCACUGAAAUACUGCGAAGACGGGGUGAAACGAAAAAAAAAUUAGAUGAUAUCGUUCUUAUGAAUUACACAGAGCAGCUAAAGCGAUGUUCGACUCAGGUAACAACUUAUCGACUCUUUCGAUUGGCCUAUGAGCUAAGUGCUCUGAUUUAUAGGGCCUAUUAAUCAUCGAACUGUAGUAGUCGGAUGAAGAAAUGAUAAAAAUAAACGCUGAGUAAUCAAAUCACAAUGCAAAGUUAUUGCUUUAUCGAUUUGUUUCGAGUCGUCUAUAAACCAGACGUAAAAAUCUGAAGAUGUGUUACGUCACAUUCUUGGAUUGGACUGUCUUACGUUAGCAGUUCACUGGCACUCUGUACACAAAAAGAAAUGUAGAAACGAUCAUACAAAAUGGUUCGUUAGCCAGCUCGUUGACGCUCGCGGUGAGCGCAUGGCUGUCUAAAGCUGUCUAUAAAUAUAAAUUUCAUCUGACCGUUUCGGCUGUGUUUUAGCCUGCUGAGUACGACUGAACUAUAAAAGUAAGGCAGAUAACUUUUAUUUUUCAUUUCUCAAAGUUUUAACCGAGCUAACACGGUUAACAUAAACGCUCAGUCCCCGCGUGCUAAUGUUUAAAAAGGCACAACCAACAUUGGUAAAUAUAUGUAAAUAUGAGCUCCAAGAAGAUUUUAAAGUUAUUUGCAGUUUCCACAUCAACUACGUGAAUGCAGUACAGUAGAUUACCGAUUAUCCAGGUUGGGCGGAAAAUUUGCUUUUCCGGAUAAACCGCAAAAUGGAAAAGAUACACGCAAAUGUAACAAAUACAUAAGUUUAUUUACAGCGACAACAUUUCUUAAUUUCUUUAAAUAUUUACUGAUAACAGAAAGGAGUUUAUAUAAAACUUGACACAGUGCAUAACAACUACGUUUUAAAAGAUGAUUCCAACGGAAAGUAAUAACGUUCUAUUGUCGCAAAAUUCAGGUUUUAGCAACAAUUGAUUUAUGUUUUUACGUUAAAAAAUGUUAUUGUUGUAUUUAUCCUUUUCUUUUCAUACGUUCUAAUUUUGACAACAGAUUUUAUAAAUUAAUUUUUAAUUGUUGUUUAAGCCAGAUAGACCCCUGUUAAUCAGCUUCCGAAUAAUCGGGAGUUUACUGCACAACUAAUUCCUCUCACGUCGCUUGCAAACAGGCACAAAUCAAUCCAGGUUUUAUUGUUAUACAAAUUUUGGAAGUUUACACUAUAGCCCGUGAAUUACGAAACAAACUAAAGUUAAUCUCUUAGCACAUUAUAGAUGGACUGAAAGGAAUAGCUCAAGAAUUAUAAUUAUGCAGAAUUGUUAAUGUCUUUAGAGAUUCCUACCAAGCAUUGAAAGUAAAUCCAUAUCCUCUAUGGAUGAUUUAAAGUCAAAUGAGAUUGCGACUGAAGACGAAACAUUACGACUAUUAAAUUCAGGCCUAUUUAAUAACCACUGUUAAAAUAAAGCGUCCUGUAAAAUUAAUUUCACAUUCGCCUAAUCGGGGAUGAUACAGAAAUUCGUUUUGCGUUAAAUUGUUCUCUUAGACUUCGUCCAUUCGUUUCUUCACUUAAGAUUAAGACAAAUUUAUGAAUGCUAUAAGAAUCGACGAGAAGCUUUAUACAGAGAUUAUUUACGAUUCCGGGCAAUAUACACGUUCAGCUGUUUCUUACUGAUGACUUCAUGGAAGUCUGUGCAGAAAUAAAUAAUUUCUUAAAUGAAUCAAGAAUUGACAGGAAGAGAUUUCUCUUAAAAAUUUCAAGAUGAGUAUCUAUGCUACGAUUCAAUAUUAUUAAGAUGUGAAGAUGAAUAGUGACAAAAUCAAAUUAUAAAAAUUUUUGUUUUGUUUCCCACGUAAAAUGGUACGUGCCACUUUCGACAAGUAUUGUAAAUACUAUUAUAAUAGGCAUUUCAAUAGUCUACACGAGUAACUGCGUGUGUAUGUAUAAUAAGAGAAUAUUCCUUUUCAUCGACUUCUUAUAAAUAAAGAGACAUUUUAAAAGUGAAUGCGGGGUAUUUGUACAAAUUUACGUGAUUAUUUAACUUUUGUCAUUUUUAAAAGAAAUGAUUAUUAUAAUUAUCACCUGAAUGUUCAGGUGACACUUAAAAAAAGAUUUUAAAAGUUAACAUUUAGAAUGGAAACAAAAAGUCGUAUCAAAUAUUUCGCCAUUUGUUAAUAUAUUCUGUGUUUCAUUUUUGUCAUUUGUAAAAGUGUAAAUACAUAAUAGGAAAAUGAAAAAGGACUCUUUUGUA